AUGGUGGAACUGCAAAGUGGCUACAAAAUCAAGAAACUUAGAAGUGACAGAGGUGGAGAAUACACCUCCACUGAAUUUCUGCAGUUUUGUGAUGAAAUCGGGUUGGAAAGACAACUAACCGUGACCUAUUCACCUCAGCAAAAUGGAGUUGCUGAGAGAAAGAAUAGGACAAUAGUGGAAAUGAGCAAGGCAAUGAUGAAUGAGAAGAAACUACCUUACAUGUUCUGGGGAGAGGCAGUGAAUACUGCUGUUUACAUUCAAAACAGAUGUCCUACAAAGGCUUUAAAUACCACAACUUCUUUCGAAGCCUUUAGUGGGAGAAAACCUGGAAUUAAACACUUAAGAGUGUUUGGUUCCAUCUGUUUUUGCCAUGUUCCGAGUCAAUUGAGGUCUAAAUUGGCAGACUCAGCUGUCAAAUGCAUUUUUGUUGGCUAUGGAAAAUGUGAAAAGGGCUAUAAAAUUAUUGAGUAUAUCACGGUUCCAAUGAACCUUGAAGACAAUCCUAGAAGUAUUGAAGAAGAGUAUGAAGUCACAGCUUCAUCAACACCAGCAACACAACUUGAAAAUAUCUCUAGCUCAGUUGAGAUAAUCACAGAUGUGUCAAAUGCUGAUUCAUCAGAUGAAUCACCAAGUUCUACACCUGUGAAGCUCAGAGAUAUCACUGAGAUCUAUGCUAGAUGCAAUAUGAGUAUCAUUGAACCAGAGAAUUUUGCAUAA